AUGGUUUGUGCAGCAGUCGGCGCUCCGUGGGCUGCAGAUUUUUUCGGCUUUGUUCUUCAGCUACAACACUGCAGGGUGCCAUAUUGGGUGAAUGUGGACACCAACCUCAUCAACUUCUCCAUACAAAAUAAGUUUGUUACCAAGGAGAACCAAGAGUUGAGUUCCAUUUUCAUCGAGGUUUACUCCUAUACGGACAAGCACUACAGCAAGAGGCCAUGGAUUUUGGAGGAUGAGACUGGCGAACAUCAGUAUCAGGGCCAAACUGAGGAUCCACCUGCCACAUACUAUUCACUGACACUGAAAGGCAAGGACAUGAUUGCUGUUCAAGUUGGUUCCUGGUACAACUUCAGUAAAAUUGCACAGUACAAACAGCUGACCUUAGAAGAAGCUGAAGAGAAAAUGAAUAGAAGGAGAAGUGCAUCUGGGUAUGAACGGUGGAUGAUGUAA